UCAUAAAAGGCGUCUGAUCGUACAUAGUACGCCUAACGAUUAGAAAGAGUUGAAGAAAACUAAAAGCAAUUGAGCCGAUGCCAGUCGAAAGAAAAGAAAUAAAUCAAGUUGCAAAAUUAAAUCAAGCACAGUAACCAAACCCCGAGUGAUGGUCUUGGUGAGCAACGAGUGGUUGACCAAUAAGGAUGAUGACCAGAAGCCAAAUCCAGCGUCGCCGCCGCUAGCACCAGGAGUAGCCGGAGUCGCAUCAUUAAGCAACGGGGGCAUGACCAGCACAAGCACGGAAUCUUCUAAAACAACCAGACCUACAGCCGGGGUGGGGGUGGAAUCGACUGUCAAGCGAAAGAAAGCCCAGCAAACCGCAAACGUGGAAACGAAAAAUAUAGAACCGGAACCACUUUUUCAUAUAAUGGAGAGGGACAGUAACAACGAGGAGGCUAUCGAGAACCAGGAAAACAACAACAUGCAGGUCUGUGACUCUAACACAAAUACCUUGCAGAGCGUGAGCAGCCCCGAUCAUAGUUCGACUGUGCAUAUACCUUCUGAAGUCCCUCAACAAGUGCUACACAUUACCAUGAAUUCGGUGCAGCAUGCAAACAUCGCUGGAGUCGGAAUGGGAGUUACUACUUCUGACAAUCUGUACAGUUCGCUGGGCUUACUCAACAAAAAUAUUUUACAAAGAGAGUCGACAAUGGAUUGCGGCACUUUGAUGGUCGCUCCCGUGGCACCAACGGUCUCCGUAGAUCUAUGCAUUGGAUCUGACUCGGCCUCCGCGAUAUGCACGGGUGAUGCAAAAAUCGUAUUGCAGUGCGAACCCAAGUCGCACAAGUUUGAGACAAGGUCUAUUCUUUUGCAGCCAAACCAAGAUUGCAAAGUGGGUCGCCUCAUUGCCAAAAGCAAAGCAAGCGAGGGAAACGCAAUUUUUGACUGCAAGGUAUUAUCAAGAAAUCAUGCAAUUCUGUGGUAUACCCCGGACGGUCGUUUCUGGGUCAAGGACACAAAGUCGAGCAACGGUACUUUUAUCAAUGACAACAAGCUGGGUAAUGAUCCUGCGGAACUGCAUUAUGGCGAUACCGUCAAGUUCGGCGUUGAGGUGAUCGAGAACUCCCGCCAGGAGGUGCACGGUUGCAUCAUAGCUCGUGUCACCCUCUUUUUACCCGAUGGCCGUGAGGCCAUUUCAAUAGAGGCGGACGAGAUAUUGACAGGCCCAAACCGCAUCAGCUUUGACGAAGUCCAGCGUCUGAACGCUUUUCUUCAAGAGGCGGCGCAGAGGGAGAAGACGCUGAAAGCUAAGCUAAGCAGCUUGCAAGGCAUCCUUGAUUCUACCCGGAAGAACUCUGCCAUGUGUUGGCAGAGUAUGAUAUCUGAAGACCAGUUAUUGCACAAGAUAAGUCUUCUAGAAAAGAAGUUGCAAAUGAUGGAGAAGAACGUUCCAGAGAAUGCAUUACGUAACGAGGUUGUUAAGCUUCUUGAGGACAAAACCACUUACCAGUUGACUGCCAAAGAGGCCCUGCGCAAGGUCUACCAGGAACGCUGCGAUGCUAUGCAAAUGCUCUCCAAGAUGGAGUUGGCCUACGCUACAUCAGAAAACGAGUGCGGCAUAUUGCGCGCCCAAAUGGUUACAUCGAAGCAGACCCUGCAGGACUUUAACGCUCGGCUGGAGCAACUUCAGCAGGAGUACAUUGAGUAUAAACAGGAAUCUUUGCGUCAACAACAUGAGGCUAAAGAACAGGAGGAGCACAGCUUGGAGCUGCUAAAAGAGAAAAUUAGCUUGCAAUAUGGCGAACUGGAGAAACUACGGCUGCAGGUUUCGCACCUCCAAAAAUCCGUUGUUGAGUAUGAUAGCGAACAUAAGUUGGAGGAGCAAAAUGUCCUCAAGCAAUUGGACGCCAUUAUUCCCGACGAUGACGAAUAUGAAAAAGAAAUAGAAAGUGUCGACGAGGAUCUUACGGGUGGACCAGAAGAUGACAUGAUAGGCAUCGAGCAGCAGUCUGAAGAUUCGGAAAAACAAAAGAUGAACAAAAAGCUGAACUUGAGCGAAAUAGAUUUGGAAAAGGUCAUCCGCAAAUCAAGUGUUAUCAAGUUGCUUAAGAACUCAGAUCUUACGAAGGGCGAAGAUGGCUCCGCAGUGCUGAGGGCAAUCUUCAACGAUGACGAUGAAGAUUCUGAAAGCGAACUUAAGGAGGGGAAGGAAAAUCUUGACGCUCAGGCUUCGGAUGUCGCAACUGAGCUUCGUGUGGGCACUAGUAAUGAGCUUGCACACAAUUUUCCAAGGUAUGUUGUGCCCAAUGGUAUGGCUGAACCUUUUGUGGAUCCGGCUGCAAGUUGCACUUCAGCUUACAAGAUAGAAAGCCAAAAGACGCUGGUGAACGCCGGGGAAUAUCUUUAUAUACCACCUGAAUUGCCCACAGAGCAAGCCAUAGAAAUGUUACAGGAGGAAUGUGAUACAUACAAGGAAAAGACGGAGCGGUUGACUUUCGAAAUUCAUUGCAUGCAAGAACAGAUCAAGCUUUUACAGAAGCAGCUUGAACAGGAGAUUGAGCACAAUGCUAUUGCAAAGCUGCAGAAAAACAGAAUAAAAAGCAGUGAGCAGCGACAAACUUCGGGGCAGGAACAUGGUCAAGAUAGCACUGAGAAUGCUUGGAACGAGGAUAUCGUUGCCAUGAAUAAUUUACAAAUGGAGCGGGAGGAAGAACUGAUAGUUUACAAAGAACGACUUGAAAAUUCGGAGAGUAGCAACAAGCAGCUUCGCGAUGAAAUUUCGCACCUUAAGCAGCAGCACACACCACCUGGAAACCAACUACUACUGCACCGAGUCCUACCUCUUGGCUGCAUUGCAAUUGCUGUCCUCAUCUACUUUAUUUCCAAUCGAAUCUAAGUAGUUCGAUCCGCCGACAACCCACUGACACCAAAAAACGAGACCACAAAAAGGUUAUGCAGACUACUGAAUAUUGUGGAAAUUAUGUGAAAACCGGGGAAUGCAGCAUUUUCAUUUAUUUAUAAUAUCUAGCGUCAAAAACAAGCUUUAUUUAAUUUUCCUUUGCUACUGUUUUCAAAUUCACGUUGAACGCAAAAUUAAAAGUAGUUAUUUUAAACAAAUAAAACAAAAAUAAAAUUUAAAA